CCCGACUGAAUAGUUACUCAUGCCAGGCGUAUGGGCAGGCAGUAAUUUGAAACACUGGUGCAGUGUUAAAGGAAGGUUAAUUUACCUACAUACUGAAGAUUCCAGUGACCUAAGUAAACAUGCAUGAAUUUGAACAUUAUUGGUAGAUGUUAUUUAAAAGUUCUCAUGAUGGAAGCUACUGCAAAGAAAAUUAGAAAGAAGCGUCAUCACUGUGGACAGUGCGAGAAAAGUUACCAAAGUAAAUGUGCACUCAGAGAUCACAUGAGAAUACAUACUGGUGAGAGACCUUAUCAUUGUCAACAAUGUGAGAAGUGUUUCGUUCAAGCAAUUACUUUGAAAAUACAUAUGAGAUCACAUACUGGUGAGAAACCUUAUCACUGUGAACUAUGUGAAAAAAGAUUCACUUAUCUCAAUAGUAUGAAAGUACACAUGAGAAGACAUACUGGAGAGAAACCUUUUCCUUGUGAACAGUGUGAUUACAAAUUCGCGGACAAAGCUACUUUGAAAAUACACAUGAGAACACAUACUGGUGAGAAACCUUAUCAGUGUGAAGUAUGUAAAAAAAGAUUCACUUAUCUCAAUGGUAUGAGAGUACACAUGAGAAGACAUACUGGUGAGAAACCUUAUCCUUGUGAACAUUGUGAUAAAAAAUUCGCGAACAAUGCUACUUUGAAAAUACAUAUGAGAACACAUACUGGCGAGAAACCUUAUCACUGUCAAAUGUGUGAGAAGAGUUUUACGCAGAUAGGUAAUCUGAGAACUCACACGAGAACUCAUACUGGCGAGAAACCUUAUUCCUGUGAAAUGUGUGAAAGGAGUUUCUCACAAGUAACUAGACUGAAAAGUCACAUGAGAACACAUACUGAUGAGAAACCUUAUUGCUGUGAAAUGUGUAAAAAGAGUUUCAAACAAAUAGACAGUUUAAAACGUCAUUUACGAACACAUUCUGAUGAAACACAUCACUGUGCGCAGCGUAAGAAUAGUUGUUCGAAAGAAAGUCUUGGAAUUCAUACACAUGAUGCUGAUAAAUCUUAUAUGUGCCAACUAUGCGAGAAAUAUUUUACACUGAAAGAUGAUCUAGUAAAACACAUAAGAACGCACAUUGAUGUGCAACCAUAUUUCUGUGAACAGUGUCAAAAGAGCUACUCUGAUCAAAAUAGUCUGAGAAUGCACAUGAAAACGCAUGGUGCUCAACAACUGUAUUCCCGGGAAGGGCAUACGAUUUUGUUCCAACAAAGCAUGUAUAAAAGAUUCAUGAAGGUACAUACUGAUAAGAAAUUGAAGGCUAAAGAAACACUCACUGUCAAGAUUCCAAUGUACAAUUCAACUUCAAUUAGUGAGAGCAACGUUCAACCAUUAUGUAGUGAAUUGGAGAUUUGCAAAAUAGGACAAAAGGUGGUAAACAAAAAAGGAAUAGAAACCUUUCAACUAGCGUAUUCAUUUUGUAGUUACUGAAUUUUCACGAUCAUGUGCAAUUGAUAGUGCAGAAUUGUCAUUUUUUUUAUAUUGAACAAAACAAUAUGACAUUGAAUUUGUUUAUGAACUAUAAUUGUAGGUGCUGGUCACAUGCACUGUUAUUCAGAGCUUUCUGAAAAUUCAUAUUUGCUUUUAAAUCAAACACAUCAAAUUGUCAUGAUAAUUACUAAUGUGAUUUAUAUAAUACAGUAUAAUAUGAAAUGUACCUGGUGACACAAUAAACAAGAAAUUGUUUAGUCUGUCAGAUUGGAAGUUCAUUAAUCGCUAUGUCAGUCUUACAGCUUUUGGCAAGAAUGUGUACAUAAUAAUUAUAUUUAUUGAUUUCCAUUAUAAUGCAUAUUACAAAUAUAUAAACAUGAGAUGUGAACACACGACCAUGACAAAGCACUGUUGUCUCGAAUACUAAUCACUCUGUUCAGAUAAAACUUAUUAAUAGACUUUAAUGGGACAAUUGCAAUAUGAUAAUUACUAGUAUUUGAGUUUAAGAUAUGUAUAUCAGCUUGUGCUUUUCAUUUGAUGAUAAUCAAUGGAUUUUGAUGCACAAAUAUGCACAUUUGUAUGAUGUCAAUGUAUGACUAAUUAAAUUUGAAAUAAAUAUACUGUUUUUAAAGUG